CUAGGAGGAGUCUAGCUGUUACAAGACAGGUUGUACCUGCGCAGUCAACGAGAAGCUACAAUAUAUGGUCGCUAUAGUUGAUCACUUGAUCUACCAGGAAAUGUUUUGGUUUCAUUCAAAGCGAUUCCUUAUUCGUCUUGUCAUCACAAGCUUCUUACUGUUUUGUGGAAUGCAUUACACUUGGCUAUGCUAUUACAGGUAUGCUUCAAUAAAUUCACACGAGGGACGCCCGGCUGUUUUAGAGCUCAAUUCAAACCGUUCUUCACCGACAAAAUUGACGACUCGUCAAGCCAACCGUCAAAAUUCAAGCACGGUUCUUCCUAGCAAAACACCGUCUGUGUUUGUUCUCAUUGUCGUAUUUUCUUCUCCGAAGAACUUUGAACAGAGGUCUAUAAUUCGCAGUACGUGGGCUGAAAUUAAACACAUGGUCAUGGGUCCUGAUAUUACAAAUAUUAUUAUUAACGGGUCAUAUGCUGCAGAAAGUCUGGUUAAAACGGUGUUUUUACUUGGACAAACUAAUGAAAAAACCCAAAGUAAUAUAGAAACGGAAUCAGAAUAUUACAACGAUCUUGUGAUUGGCUCAUUCACUGAUAGUUAUGAUAAUUUAACAUUAAAAACAAAACUUGGUCUCGAAUGGGCUUAUAAAUUUUGCAAGUUUGAAUACUAUUUGAAGACAGAUGACGAUGUUUUUGUGUACAGCAGGGGACUUGUGAAAUGGUUGUGGCAAUUACCAAGAGAGAGGGUCUAUACGGGUAGAUGUGAUUUUAAUAAGACGGUGAUUCGAACAGUCGGGCACAAAUGGUAA